CACAAAUUGUGUAAUUCAUUGACUCACUAACCAUCUGUUCAUCACCAAAUCAUACGACAAUCAAUUUAUGAUCAUAACCCCCAAACAAAAAAGGGCGGGAUAGAACUAAAUGCUACAACAAGCUAGCGAAUACCUACCGUCUUAAAUGUAGUUCUUCUCCUCAAUCUACACAACUAAUACCAUCCCUCUUUAAUGGCGGCCGACUCUUUCCUUAUAACCUUGAACCUUCCCAUACGGCCAUAUCUAUUUACUUACAAUCACCAAAUCAUUCAACACAAUCAUCAUACUCGAUCUCUCCAACAAUGGCUGAUCAUGAAAAUGGCCGGAAAAAGAUCAACGGUGGAGAUGUGGAAUUGCAGUCAGUUUUAACUGUGGUGUCGAGCACACCGGUAAACCCUCCCGAUCAGGUUUGCCCCCUUACACCAUUAGACCGGGCAAUGGGUCAACAUUCGGUUCAUGUAAUCUUUUAUUUUCGAUCCGGUUCCAUCGAUUUUGAUGGGAUUAGACCGGCUCUUAAUGAGGUUCUUACAUUGUACCCUAAUGUUAUUGGGCGGUUAGCCAAGGAUGAAGAUGGUAAUUGGGUUAUUAGAUGUACGGAUGCUGGAGUGCGGGUGCACCGUGCUAAGGUGGGGACUAGUGUUGAUGAAUGGCUUCGAUCUGCUUCUGCUAAUGAUGAGAAGUUUCUUACUCUUCGGCAGGAUAUGCCUGAUGAUCCUAAAUAUUGGGCACCUUAUCGAAUGCAGGUGACUGACUUUGAAGGUGGUGGAACAGCCAUAUCCUUGAGCUACCCUCACAUGCUUGCUGAUCCAAUCAGUGCAACCCUCCUCAUCAAGUCAUGGGCUGAAGCUUGCCACGGAGAUGUUAUCGUUCACCCUCCGUUCAUCCAUCCUCCUGCUCUCAAUAUCCCACCAUCCUUUGCCAAUCUACCGAAGGCUACUACUCACUAUGUUGCCAAGUCGAGUACACCAAAUCCUGACUCUGAAGUGAAAAUGGCCUCCGCAACCUUCAACUUCUCGAAUUCAAAAAUCAAGGAAUCUCUAGCCAAAAUGUGCUCUACUCUUCCUGAUGCAACCCCAUUUGACCUAUUAAGUGCUCUUUUUUGGACGCGAAUUGCAAAACUUAAGGCUCAAAACACUCGAAACGAUGACAUUAAACAGUCCAUUUCAAUCUGCGUGGACAUGAGGAAACGUUUGCACGCUUCUUUGCCAUACGGGUAUGUUGGCAAUGCGUUACACUUCUCUCAACUAACCGUGGAUUCUAACAAGAUGGGUGGUGGAGAUAUAGGCCAGCUCGCAGAACUUGUGCACCGCCAUGUGACAGGGCUCAAGGAAGAGGAAUUCUGGUCUGCUGUCGAUUGGCUUAGCUCUAGGAAGGACGAUCAAGGGAAAUUUUUCCCACCAUUUAGAAUGUACGGUCCUGAGCUGACGUGUGUUAAUAUGGAGAGCAUGAUAGCUCCCAUUGGAACCCACAAUAGUGAAUCUCAGCCAUUGAUGUAUGGGGUGGAGUUCGUGAAGGAUCAGAAGCCUGCACACGUGUCUUAUCAUGUGGAAAACGCGGAAGGUGAAGGUUUGAUCUUAGUAAUGCCUUCCCCCGAGGAAGGCUUAUCACGAAGAGUGACUGUGACUCUCCCCGAAGAAGAAAUGGAAAAUCUGUUGCAAGAUAAAGUCGUUCUAAGCUUAGACCCAACUCUGCUACUAAGCGGGACAAGCUAAAAUCAAUUGCUCGUAUUUCCUCUUAUUCAUUUAUUCUCUAAUGUAAUACCAAAGUCCAAAUCAUAAAACUGUGUAACAAUUUAUAUAUUUCAUUAUAAAUAUAGAAGUAUUGUUUGUUAA